AUGGAAUCAAAAUCACGUAUUUCACCAUCUAAACCAUCAAUCAAAAUCAACCGUGACUCUCCAUACAAAGGUGGCAAAGAUAAUUCAAAUAAGCAAACACAAGAAGUUAAAACACGUGAUUUAAAUACACCAGAAGUUCAGAGAAAGAAUCCAGAAACAAAAGAAGAACUCAUUGCUGCUAUUCAAGAAUUACAACCAAUUGUUGAGGAGAAAAGAGAAAAACUGAAGCAGCUUCAAGAAAAAUCCGGAGAACAAGAAAACAAGGAGACUGAGGAGAACAAAGAGACUGCAACAGAAUGA